CGCUCCCUCCCCUCUCUCUAUGGUCCGGCCCGCGGGCGCGUCAUCAUCGCGCGCCGAGGCGGGAAAUUCGAGGGAGAGCGGCCUCCCGGAGGUUCUGGCCUUGGCGCGAUGGCCCGGCGCGAAGGCUCAUCAUCUUCAGGCAGCGAUGAUGAAUUUGAAAGAUUUUUGUCUAGAAUGAGGACGCCCAGAUCUGCUUCCUGUUGCACCCCAAGGAGAAGAAACAGCAGAUCAAGGGAGAAAUGUUUUAGCUCUCCUGAGGACAAGUAUGGAUCUGCAACAAAAGAUUCGCAACUUCUCCACACAGCAAAAGUCUCUGGUGUCGCUGGAAGGGCGGCUGCCUGCUCUGCCGGCUCUUUUUUCUCCCCACUCUUGUGCAGUGACCCCGACACUGAGGAUGAUUCCGUCUUUGUCGGAGGCCCCCCAGGGAGCCCCUCCCAGCUGAGAGGGACCAGCCAUCGCCUGCCUCUUGCCUCUCCUCGGAGGGGCUCUGCUGCUUCCUGGGGGAGGCCAGGCUCUUCUCUCCCCCAGGAAGGCACAGCCCAGAGCCAGCGGCAGAAAUCAAGGGAGGCGGAGAGCUCCGAUGAGGAGGUGGACAGCCUCGUUGUUCGCAUGAAGCAAAGGAUGUUCUUCCCCAAAGUCAAGAGGGCCGGGAACCAGCAGAGCCCCCGGGAGGAGAGAGGCCUGGGGUCUUCUUGUGAAAGCCCAGCCACCGCUGCGAAGAGGAAGGGCAGCCUUCCCUCGGCACCCGGAAUCCCUGCUCCUGGCACCCUGCAUUCCCUCGGGACUUCUAGGAGCAAGGCCCUCGUGGACAUUACUCAGUCAGUUACUCGGAUGCAAAUGAGGGGACCCUGUCGUGUCCAGGGCUGCUUCCUGCAGGAGUUGUCGGACCCAGAAUCCCAGCUAGCAAAACAUUUCCGGAGCAAAAAAGAAGAGCUGGCUCAAAGGCUGUAUUCUUUUUACAACCGUUCUGUCUUUGAGGGAAAGCUGCCAGAGAGGAUGGAGAUUAUCUGGAACAAGAAAAUGCAGAAGACAGCAGGGUGCUGUGUAACUGGCCAGGUGAAGGACCCAGAGACACAGCGUUAUGCCAAGAUAAUGCUCUCGGAAAAAGUCUGUGAUUCUGCAGAUCGACUUCGGGAUACUCUCAUCCACGAACUCUGCCAUGCAGCAACGUGGUUGAUCCAUGGUGUUCGAGACGGGCAUGGGCGAUUCUGGAAUUUAUAUGCCAACAAGUCUGCUGCAAUUCACCCAGAGCUCCCAGUGGUCUCGCGGUGCCACAACUAUGAGAUAAAAUACAAAUUUACUUACGAAUGCUUACAGUGCAAAAACACAAUUGGACGCCACUCCAAAUCCCUGGACACCCAGCGCUUCGUCUGCGCUCUUUGCAAGGGGCAGCUAGAGCUUUGCCAGCCCAAGCUCAAAGAUGGCACGCCAGCUAAAGCCCCACUCGCUCCAUUUGCAAAAUACGUGAAGGAGAACUACGGCUCCGUGAAGCAAGCACAGCAGGGCCUGAGCCACGGAGCCAUCAUGAGGAAGCUCAGCGCGGACUUUGCCUCCUGCGCCUGACUGAACGGCCAGACCGGCAGUUGCAAAAGGUUUUCUGACGCAGAGAUGGAAAACCAUGGUCAUAAUUCAGCCUUUUAAAUGUUACUUGUAUGUUUAAAUAUUACAAAUAUUUAAACGUAUUUGUGUUUAUUUUCUCCUAGGCCUUUGAAUCAGGCAUGUGCUAUUAAGUACUAAUAAAGUGAUCUGCUUGUAUGUUU